UUUUCAGGAAAAAUGGAGACUUCUUCCAGCAUUUCUGAAGGUGAAAGGACUGGUGAAGCAGCACAUAGACUCAUUCAACUAUUUCAUCAACGUUGAGAUAAAGAAAAUCAUGAAGGCCAAUGAAAAAGUGACAAGUGAUGCCGACCCAAUGUGGUACCUGAAGUACCUCAAUAUCUAUGUGGGUACUCCAGAUGUGGAAGAAAGCUUCAAUGUGACACGACCUGUAUCACCUCAUGAGUGCCGCCUGAGGGACAUGACCUAUUCUGCGCCGAUUACCGUGGAUAUUGAAUAUACACGGGGUAGCCAGAGGAUCAUCCGCAAUGCGUUACCCAUUGGCAGAAUGCCUAUAAUGCUGCGUAGCUCCAACUGUGUACUUACUGGGAAAACUCCUGCAGAAUUUGCCAAACUAAAUGAGUGUCCAUUAGAUCCAGGUGGCUAUUUCAUCGUUAAAGGUGUAGAGAAAGUUAUUCUUAUUCAAGAGCAGUUAUCCAAAAACAGAAUUAUUGUGGAAGCUGACAGAAAAGGCACAGUUGGCGCUUCUGUUACCAGUUCCACUCAUGAGAAGAAGAGCAGAACAAAUAUGGUUGUGAAACAAGGAAGAUUUUACCUGAGGCACAACACUUUGUCAGAAGAUAUUCCCAUUGCUAUUAUAUUUAAGGCCAUGGGUGUUGAGAGUGACCAGGAGAUUGUACAGAUGAUUGGCACAGAGGAACAUGUGAUGGCUGCAUUUGCUCCUAGCCUGGAAGAAUGCCAAAAAGCUCAGAUUUUUACACAGAUGCAGGCACUGAAGUACAUUGGAAACAAAGUACGAAGGCAAAGGAUGUGGGGAGGCCCAAAGAAAACAAAGAUGGAAGAAGCCCGAGAGCUGCUGGCAUCAACCAUUCUGACCCAUGUGCUUGUGAAGGAAUUCAAUUUUCGUGCUAAGUGCAUAUACACAGCAGUGAUGGUACGCAGAGUGAUUUUGGCUCAAGGAGAAAAUAAAGUAGAUGACAGAGACUACUAUGGAAAUAAACGUUUGGAGCUGGCAGGGCAGCUUCUUUCUCUUCUGUUUGAAGAUUUGUUCAAAAAAUUUAACUCAGAGCUGAAGAAGAUUGCUGACCAGGUCAUCCCCAAGCAGCGUGCAGCUCAGUUUGAUGUUGUGAAGCACAUGCGGCAGGACCAGAUCACCAACGGCAUGGUCAAUGCCAUCUCCACAGGAAAUUGGUCUCUAAAGAGAUUCAAGAUGGACCGCCAAGGUGUGACACAAGUCUUGUCCCGCUUGUCUUACAUAUCUGCUCUGGGAAUGAUGACCAGGAUCUCUUCUCAGUUUGAAAAGACAAGGAAAGUGAGUGGUCCUCGAUCACUACAGCCAUCUCAGUGGGGGAUGCUCUGCCCUUCUGACACUCCUGAAGGAGAGGCCUGUGGUUUGGUUAAAAAUCUUGCCCUCAUGACUCAUAUUACUACGGAUAUGGAGGAUGGCCCAAUUAUUAAAUUAGCCAGUAAUCUUGGAGUUGAAGAUGUCAACUUGCUCUGCGGUGAAGAACUUUCAUACCCAAACGUGUUCCUGGUUUUUCUUAAUGGUAACAUCCUUGGAGUCAUACGUGAUCACCAGAAAUUAGUCAACACCUUUCGGAUCUUGCGUCGAGCGGGUUAUAUCAACGAAUUCGUUUCCAUCUCUACAAAUCUGUCUGACAGAUGUGUCUACAUUUCCUCUGAUGGAGGAAGAUUGUGCAGGCCUUACAUAAUUGUCAAGAAGCAGAAACCUGCAGUUACAAACAAGCAUAUGGAAGAACUGGCUCAAGGAUACAGGAAUUUUGAAGACUUCUUGCAUGAAGGCCUUGUUGAAUAUUUGGAUGUGAAUGAAGAAAAUGACUGUAACAUUGCCCUGUAUGAAAAUACAAUCAAUAAAGAUACAACCCAUUUGGAGAUAGAGCCUUUCACGCUUCUGGGUGUCUGUGCUGGGCUGAUUCCAUAUCCACACCACAACCAGUCCCCAAGAAACACUUACCAGUGUGCCAUGGGGAAACAAGCCAUGGGUACAAUUGGAUACAAUCAAAGAAACAGGAUAGAUACCCUGAUGUAUCUCCUUGCUUAUCCACAAAAGCCGAUGGUCAAAACAAAAACAAUAGAACUGAUAGAUUUUGAGAAACUCCCUGCUGGACAGAAUGCCACAGUUGCUGUGAUGAGCUACAGUGGCUAUGAUAUUGAAGAUGCUCUUGUCUUAAAUAAGGCCUCUUUGGACAGAGGUUUUGGAAGGUGUCUUGUGUACAAGAAUGCCAAGUGCACACUGAAGCGUUACACGAAUCAGACAUUUGAUAAAGUGAUGGGGCCGAUGCUGGAUGCCGCUACCCGUAAACCAAUCUGGCGCCAUGAGAUUUUAGAUGCUGAUGGUAUCUGUUCUCCAGGUGAAAAAGUAGAAAAUAAGCAAGUUCUUGUGAACAAAUCUAUGCCAACUGUGACCCAGACACCUCUGGAAGGAAGCAGUGUGCCUCAGCAGCCGCAGUACAAAGAUGUGCCAGUAACCUACAAAGGUGCCACUGAUUCAUACAUUGAAAAAGUAAUGAUUUCAUCAAAUGCAGAGGAUGCUUUCUUGAUUAAAAUGUUGCUGAGGCAAACCAGACGUCCAGAAAUUGGAGAUAAAUUUAGCAGUCGUCAUGGACAGAAAGGGGUGUGUGGACUGAUUGUUCCUCAGGAGGACAUGCCAUUUUGUGAUACAGGGAUCUGCCCAGAUAUCAUAAUGAACCCUCAUGGCUUCCCGUCGCGUAUGACGGUAGGAAAGUUGAUUGAACUCCUGGCUGGAAAGGCUGGGGUGCUCGAUGGCAGAUUUCACUAUGGAACGGCUUUUGGCGGCAGUAAAGUUAAGGAUGUGUGUGAAGAUCUUAUUCGCCAUGGUUAUAACUACCUCGGGAAGGACUAUGUAACAUCUGGGAUCACUGGGGAGCCUUUGGAGGCAUACAUCUAUUUUGGUCCUGUGUAUUACCAGAAACUGAAGCACAUGGUGCUGGAUAAAAUGCAUGCAAGAGCUCGAGGACCCAGAGCAGUGCUCACCAGGCAGCCCACUGAGGGUCGAUCCCGUGAUGGUGGUUUACGUCUUGGAGAGAUGGAACGGGAUUGCUUGAUAGGUUAUGGAGCCAGCAUGCUUUUAUUGGAGAGACUGAUGAUUUCAAGUGAUGCCUUCGAAGUGGAUGUUUGUGGGCAGUGUGGCUUGCUGGGAUACUCUGGAUGGUGCCACUACUGCAAAUCAUCAUGUCACGUGUCUUCUCUGCGCAUACCUUACGCCUGUAAACUCCUAUUCCAAGAACUGCAGUCCAUGAACAUCAUACCUAGGCUAAAACUAGCUAAGUACAACGAAUGAACAAGAUUAAAAAGACCCAAAAAAAGUACCUUAAAGAAUUUAAAUCCAGCAUAUCUAACUCAGAGUUUUUUUGGUGGACAGGAAUAAACUCUAAAACUGGAGUGAGGGGAGGUGCAAGACAGUAGGAAAUUUUUCUUACACAUCCUCCUUGUUUUUAAGCUGACAUGGAAGAGUGUCAGUGAAACACACUAGGAGCAGUUGUGAAGCCUUGAUUAGUCAUGAAAGGGACACCUGGGAAUUGUGGAAUAAGGCCUUGGUCCAGCAAAGCACUUGGAUUACUUCAAAAAAUCCCAUGCUUGCGUUUGAAAAGGUCUUUGCUGGACUAGGUGUUAAGCAGAGCUAAAUAUACAUCUUAUUCAUAGAGGUUAAAAAUGUUUUCCAAACCAUUAUAAUAAAUGUUUUAAGUAAUACUGGCUGAAUGUUGAUAAUUGUGUAAGGAUGGUAAGGCCUUAUAAUGUCUAAACCAUUUUCUGUUCCUAAAGCAGUUUGCUAAAGCAUUAAAGUUUUCUAAAGAAGUGUCA